AUCUUUUUAAUGUUCUCGCACCUUAUUCCUGAUUUAGCGUUGCAUUUGCUUCUCGAAUACAGCGUCGAUAUUUCAUGCACAUGUCACAAAUAUGUCUUGCGCGGAUGUUAUGAUUCGUGAAUGAAGUGCUUACCUAUUUUUGCAAACACAGAACUUUGAACGAACCAACCGAACAUGCCCAAUAUCAAAUUACAAAGCUCAGAUGGAGAGGUUUUCGAAGUUGAUGUUGACAUUGCAAAAUGCUCGGUCACCAUAAAGACCAUGUUGGAAGAUCUUGGCAUGGAUGAUGAAGAGGAAGAAGUUGUUCCCUUGCCAAAUGUUAAUUCUGCUAUUCUGAAGAAAGUACUUCAGUGGGCAAGCUACCACAAGGAUGAUCCACCGCCACACGAAGAUGAAGAAACCAAAGAAAAACGCACAGAUGAUAUAAGUUCUUGGGAUGCAGACUUUUUAAAGGUGGAUCAAGGAACCCUUUUUGAAUUAAUCUUGGCAGCUAAUUAUCUUGAUAUUAAAGGGCUUUUAGAUGUAACAUGCAAAACAGUUGCUAACAUGAUAAAGGGAAAAACACCAGAUGAAAUUCGAAAGACAUUUAAUAUUAAAAAUGAUUUUAGUGCAACAGAGGAGGAGCAAGUGCGCAAAGAGAACGAAUGGUGUGAGGAAAAGUAGAUCAGCAUUCGAAAGCAUUGGACAUUUUGAUUUACUACAGAAUUCCGUCUUAAUACUCGAAAAUUUCUGAGCUAAUGCACCAAUUGUAUUAUUUGAAGAGAGGUUUCUUAAUAAUUAUCUAAUUUUCAAUUAUUACACCAAAUAGUCGCUACUUAAUGUUGAAAAAUUAUGUUGAUGUGUAUAUGGUUUAUUUAUCCUAAAUCUUUGCAUAACGUUUAAUAAUACCAUUCACUAUGCAUAGUAAAAGUUACAAGAACAUAAAUUAAUCUUAUCGUA